GGCGGUAACGAUGAUUUCGUCUAUGUUUUUAGCACACGUUUCUCCUUGUCAUUUUAAUGUCACAUGUUACAUUACCGAUAUAUCAUAAAAUAACAUUGCGACAUUAAUAGUGGUUAGAAUUAAAACUAUCUUUGUGAAAUUAAGAAUAUAAUGUACAGUAGAACAGGAUACAUCUAAUGAGUCAUCAACUCAUCACAGAUCUUAUAAUUACAAAUAAAAUAAAGAAUUUCAUUUCCUUAUACAUAAUAUUUGUUCGUUAAUUUUACAAAUUCUCAUAUGAGAGAAUAAACAAUUGAUUGGGACGGUUAGUGACAGAAACAUGAGUGAAGAUGUAAAAUGCUCUCAAUAUAAUGUUAAACGAAAUAAAAAAUUGUCAGACGUUUUCCCUUUGCAAGCAUCUGGACGAUCUCAGUCUAUCAAAGAAAGUAAUGUGACGCAUACGAUAUCUAAGGAACAAGAUUACUUGAAUGAAAAAAAUAUUUUUAAUAUAUUCCAUUUUCUGCUCUCUCAUGUGAUCAUUCAUCAACCAGCAGAUCCUAUCCAAUACUUGUAUGAAUUGCUCGAUGAUUUUAUAUUAUUUAGAUCGGGGCUCAAAGAGCCACGAUUACUUUGGACAGAAAGGCAUCUUAAUGCGAUAUUCGAAAAUAUUCUCUUCCAUGAUUCGGAAUUUUUACCUUUGGAUGGUUAUAAAACUGCUAUGAAAACAAUGGGCGUGCGUUCUUACGAUCCAUGUCCAGAUCAGCUUGUCCGAGGAUAUGUAGAUCGGCAAACUUUUUAUACGGAAGCAUUGAACAGCAUGAAAAAUGAAUUGUUGCAUAUGGCGACCGAAACCAGUUGACGUACAUAGGCGUGAAACAAAAUUAGCUUAUAAUUCCUUUGCAUAUCGUAUACUUCAUCGCAGAGCGUAUAUAUUUUAUGUCUACUUAUUAUUAAAUAUAUACAGUGGUUCACGAAAAUAUUCGAACACUUACCAUGGAAAAUUUUUAUGAAUAUAUUAAUUAAUAGAAAUUUUUUAUAUAUAUUACGUGUGUUAUACAAAACAUUUUGAAAUUUCAUUAGCAAUGUAUUGAGACUCGAUCUCCUGAUUAUAUACUAAUAAAAUUUGAAACAAAUUUAAAAAUAUGCAUACAAACUACAAAAUAUUUAGCGCAAAUAUACGUUUCUUAAAGGUCACAAAGAUAUUUAAACAAUCAAAUAUUCAUUAUAUUAAUAAACCUCGAUAUUUAGCGGAACCAUCUUUAACAUUAUUAUAUGUUUAAGAUGUUUGCAAUAAAUGUCUUGCAAUUUCUAUAUGUAUUUUCAUGUUGAUUUCAAUGUCCAAUGUAAAUAUAGUAAUAGUCGUAUCA